AAGGUUCAUUGUCCAAGAACAAUCUUUCCUUAUCUUGGUAGAGUGAAAUAACAGGUGUGUCAGUGAUAGCAUAGCAUCACACAUCACGGUGAUUGCCCCAAGCUGCAGUGUAAUCUGAGUGCAGACGCAUUGUGCUGUGCUUGACUGCUUGUGUGGGUUUACCGUCACCAUGAGUGUUAAACAUCUUAGUACAGGAUCAAAAUGCCCUCCACUACAAGCAGGAGUUUACCGCUGUUACAGCAUGAGGUUCUGUCCUUAUGCCCAGCGUCUUCUUCUCGUUCUUGCUGUCAAAAAUAUCAAACAUGAUGUUGUCAAUGUCAACCUCAAGAAAAAACCAGAGUUUCUGCUUGAAAAGAACCCCCAAGGGAAGGUACCAACGCUGGAGAAAGAUGGAGAAAUUGUGUACGAGUCCAUGGUGACUUGUGAAUAUUUAAAUGAGGUGCAUCCUGACCCUCCUCUCUACCCUUCUGAUCCCCUGAAGAAAGCACAGGACCGAAUGCUCAUAGAAUUGUGGUCCAAGGUAAGCUCAGCCACAUAUAAAACGUAUUUUGCCAAUGGAGACCAACAGGUGUUGAAGCAGGCCUCUGAGGAUAUAAAGGCUGGAGUUGACUUGUUUGAAGCAGAACUGUCAAAAAGAAACACUAAAUUCUAUGCUGGAGACAAACCUGGUAUGUUGGACUACAUGAUCUGGCCAUGGGCUGAGAGGUUGCCAGUGGCCCAGGAGUUGAUCGGAGAUGCUGAUCUUCUUUCCCAAGACCGCUUCCCAAAAAUGCUCUCCUGGAUGAGCAUCAUGAAGGAGGACCCAGCAGUGAAAACAACAUACAUAUCACCAGAAGGUCACCUGAAGUACUUGAAAACUCGUGAUGGUGGCUGCCCGGACUAUGACAUUGAGCUGUAAACUUCCCUUAGCAAGUCACUUGAACCCCAGACAUUGACAUGGAGGUGUAAACCUCUCUUGUCAUGUCACUUGGAUUCCAGACAAUGACAAGGAGGUGUAAUCCUCCCCUCAUUGUCAUUUCCAUUUUUUCUUUAAUUUGAUAUAAUUAAUUCUGGAACAGGUGCUUUCUAUACUGUAUAGUAUUCACAGACGACCUUGGAUGAAUACUUAAUGCUUUUGUCAGUGUUGGUUAGUGGGUUACUAUAUUUGAAUAUGUAUGCAGUUUCUAUUCAGGUUGGUUCAGAGCUGAAUACUGUAUAUUAUUGCAGUAUACAGUACUCUGAUGAGCUGCUUUUCUGCUGGGGGGUUCACCUUGCAUAAUAGAUAAGAAUAAAGUUUGAAUAUAUGUAGUGUAAAACAUUAUAGGUGUUGGUGGUAGAAGUCUUAAAAAUAUAUUCUAUGUAAUUAUAUAUCCCUUACUGUAUUAUUUUCCUUCAACCUUCUUUCUGACUAUGUGUUGUAGAACUUAUACAAUAAAUUACUAAACAAACGAUAUAUUCUGUACUGGUAAAUAAAGGAGAGGCAAAGAA